CUUAUCUAAUCUUUGGCCAAAACGUAAAACCCUAACUCACCCGCUCUUCCCUCUCUCUCUCUCUCUGAACUACCGCCGCCGCCGUCGACCCCUCCGCCUCCGUCUCUGGUCGUCGUCGCCGCCUCGAGAUCUGCCGCCGGUUGUCAUCGCCGCCUCGAGAUCCGCCUCCGGUCGUCGUCGCCGCCGCUCCACAAGUGAAGGAAUGGAUGCCUAUAAUGAAGUGGGUUACAAAGCCCCAUCAGAAUUUCAGGAAGAUGGGAGGGACUCACUUAUCGACCUUAAUUUAACAAACUCAGCUGAGCUUUGGCUCAUUCAAUGGCCAAUUAAUCAAGCUCCUGAUUUUGAUGGGCAAGAGAUAUCAUUGAAACUUCAUCGUGAUGGACAGCUGGGCAGUUUUGAGGGUUCAUCAGGAAAAUCAUAUGAUGUGGUCAGUUUUCGUUCGCAGGAUCCAGAUGCUACAGUUUUCAUAUCAUCUUCAACAGAGGCAAAGAUUGUCGGGAAGAUUUCACGGCGGGUCUCCUUUGUUCAUUAUCCUGAGCCCAGUGAACUCCAGGAACGGAACACCAAUAAUCAGAAGCAGCAGCAGCUGCUGUAUCAGAGAUCUGGGACUUCCUUGACCACUUCAUCCCAUCAAUUCACUACUCCUACUCGUAGUAUUAGGCCAAGAAACCCACAAUCAGGUGGUAGCAGCAGCCGAUAUAAACGUUCUUUAUCUGAGGUGGGUGAGCCAUCAUCAAAACCUCCGAAAAGAAGGCAUGAUGUUGAGGAGUCAACCAGAUCCAGGGGCCAGUCCACCCAAGACUCUGGGCGCGGUCAUAGCAUAGUAACUUCUUCUGGAUCCUUGGAGCGUUCUAAUGAAAGCAAAGCCAAGAAGAGAAAGAAACACGAGUAAAGGGUAUUUCACAUGCCAAAUGUUGAUUUCUCUUUGUAGAAUUUUGAGGGUGAUAGAUAGAGAGAGAGAGAGAGAGAGAGCAGAGUAUGGGUGUUCCAGCAUUGAAUUAUUGUUUUGCUGGUCUUCGACAACUUAGAUGUUGGAUUCAAAUUUACUUGAAGAGGGUGAAGUUGCAAAUUCAGUUAUUUAUUUUGCAAGUUGGCUUGUCCUUGUUCUA